AGUAUUGCAAGUAACAUACGAUUUUUGUUUCACUAAACAAAUAUUAUUUACACAUGUGUAUAUAUUUUCCUUGUAUUGUAGAUUGGGUCGAAGAUGUCACUUUUGUCAGAAGUUUCGGUGGAGCCAGCUUUGUUUUUCUACUUCGUCGUGAUGAUCAUCUCCAGCUGUCUGAACACUAACUUACUAUUGUACAAGGCGUGCGACCCGACAAGCGCCCCGCAGGUGGGAUCAAAGUGCGACAAUGAAAAGGAAGCGCAGCACGUGGUGGCGUCGAUCAACGCCUGGAAGACGAUGAUCCAGCAAUUAGUUCCCAUCGCGCUGGCCAUGAUCGCGGGCACUUGGAGCGACCUACAUGGCCGGCGCCGGAAGCCGCUCAUAGUGUUGCCGAUUGUCGGUCAAAUAGCGUCGGACGCGCUGUCGAUGUACUGCACCGUCGAGUGGUCCGUGUCGCCGGCGAUGACGGCCGUCCUGCAAGUGAUUAUGUUGUCCUUCUCGGGUGGCCCGCCGGUACUGUACAACGGUGUGAACUCGUAUGUGGCCGACACUUCGUCUGAAGAAUGGAGGACCAUCAAGUACGGCGUGCUCAACGGCGUGAUGACCGCCGGUUGUAUAAUGGGCAUGCUCGUCUACGGGUGCGUGAUCGUCCGCUUGGGCUUAGUGUCCGCGUACGCGUUGUGCGUCGGCUUGGGUAUCGUCGCCCUGGUGCUGACUUACGCGUUUAUAAACGAAGUCGCCGCCCCCGACGUUGACGAUAAACAAACGUCGGUAGACAAGGUAACGUUGUGCCAGGACAUCGUCCGCACCAUCAACCCGAUAGAGACGUUCCGAAACUGCUACCGCGUGCUGACCAAACGACGUCAAGGCCAUAACACCGCGAUUUUGUGCCUAGUCUUGUUGGCGUGCGCGCCACUCACAUGCGUACCGUUUGAAGGUCAGUGGGAUUAGAUUUUGUUUGUCGGCACUCGGGAUUUCACUUGUUCGAUACACGCGUCAAAUCAUUUACCGCGAAUAUUUAUUUACAUGAUAAUAUUGAGGGAGUUAAUGAAUUAAAUUAUUAGAAUUCUUUUGAAAAUUAAACAGCAUAUUAACUAAAUAUUUAUAACUAAGUUAAAAAAAUGUCAAAUAUAUGAAUUUGCUAUAUAUUGUUAUAAGUAAAAUAAUAAUAAUCAUUAUUAUCUAUAUUUUUAGGUGAAUUUUCGGUUAUUUAUUUAUUUCUGAGAUACAAAUUUCAAUUUGGAGAAAUCGAGUUCGGCAUUUUUAAUGCUUACAUAAUGGCUGUCGUAUUUUUAGGUAAAUGUUAAAGUAACUGUAGAGCCAGUAGAAGACAUUUACAUUUAGUUGGCUAGCUAUGAAAAAUAAAUUUCUAAACAAUUGUUUAAUCCUAAUAAAUAUAAUUUAUGUUCCCCAUUAUAUAGGUAAUAUAUUUGCAUUGAGCAUUUUAAGUCAUAAAGUCGGAAUUAACGAUGCAUCGAUUGGUAUUAUUGCAUCAAUAUGUGACUUACUAGCAGCAAUCGCUUUUUUUUUGGUUUCCCAAACAUGGCAAGUCUAUUUAGGUAAGAUAAUAUAUUAUCACGUUAAUUAAUUAUUAGACGGCCAACGAGAUACGCAUGAUAUGCACUAUGAUAUGUACGCGAAUUUAAUAAUAUUUUAUAGGUACUAACCUACUAAAUAAUAUUAAUAAACAAUUUUGUACAUUGGAUUAUUUGCGCAAUUUAUUUUAUGCUUGUUUUUAUUAUGCCUAUACGUUAUGCAUAUAAUAUAAACAAAUAGCAGUAUGAUAUAUACAAUAUGUAUAAUGUAUACAUAUUAUACAUUAUAAUAUACAAAUAUAUAUAUAUAUACAUAUAUGUUUGUUAUUAUUAUUUUAGAACUUCCAAGUAUUUGAAUAUAAUUUAAUUGAACAUUACAGUGCCACCCUUAGAACUCUUCCGUGGCGCUUCUCUGGCGAUAACAAGUUCUAUAGCUUCGAAAUUUGUGGAACCCACAGAAUUAGGUAAUUUAUUAUUGAACGCAAUUGCAAUAACUAACAACCAAUACCUAUCCGAUAAAACUACAUUGUUAAUAUACCUAUAUUAAUAUGUUUUUAAUGUUAUUGUACCGAUACAGGCGCCAUGAAUUCGGUAAAACAGUUGAUAGAAAGUACGAGUAAAAGUGGAUUUUUACCAUUGUAUAAUAUUAUAUAUAACAAUACACUCGAAUCAAUUCCCAGUGCAUUUUUUUUAAUUAGCAUUUUCCUGACAGCUCCACUGAUACUCAUUUUUUGGUAAGUAUUUUUCUUUUUUAUAUAUAUAAUCUAUUGUCAACUUUUUAUGCUAAUUUAAUAAUAUUCUGGUAUUCGUAGCGUACCUACGCGAUCUACCCACAUAUAUUAAUUUGUAUAGGUAUAUAAAUUAUAUAGUAGGUAGUGUUAAUAGUGUUAUCUUACUUGGAUACUUGGAUCUGUGUACCUACUCGAUUAAUCUUUAUUAUUAAUUUGUCAAAUAGAUAAACAAUAAUUAAUUUUGGUUUUCGAAACGAUUUCAGAUAUUAUAUUUGCUUCCCCCUAUUUGGAAACGGCGUACGUUUGUAUUUGUUUAUGUUAUUUAUAACGUCAUAUAUUUUGAACGCUAAACAAAUUAAUAAAAUAACUAAAUCGUAUGCGAUAGUAUAAUAUAUUAUGUAGAACAUAGUACGUAGAUAAUAAUAGAUAUAUUGUCAUAGGUUAACGUUCCUUUUACAUAGAAACCCGUUCAAUUCCUCGUACCUAAAGGGAUUCGUUCCAUUCCUCGUUCCUUUGAAAAAUUAACUUGUUUUCUAACAUAGGGAAAAUGAAGUACAGCCGUUUUAGCACCAAUAUUAUGUUUUAUACCAAUAUGUCAUACACGUAUUUGAGAGGGGGUAAUGGAAAAUGUCCCUCGCUAAAGCCUGUGCCCUUAAAUUUGUUUUCUUGAAAUUCCUAAAAUAUUCUGAAUACUUUUCAUAAUACUUGUAAAUUGAGUACUUUUAAAAAUUAUUUUAUCCAAAUCUGUUCAAAAUUGAAAAUUAAAUAUCAACUUCUUAAAAAAUCUAGAAACUUUGUCAACAAUUUCAUACAUAUUUAAAAAUUGAAUUGGAGAUUGGAAAGUGUGUCUAAGAAUAUCCCUUUCCCACCGCCUAUUGGUCUAAAACUUGUGAAAAUUAGAGUUGUUCCUAACCCCCUCCCCAUCCUCCAUAACUUUAAAAUAAUUAAUGUUUAUCAUAAAUGUACCCUCACUCAAUGAAAUUCAAGUCGGUAGGUAUACGCCCGCAGGUAAAUAACCACAACUAAGGAGGCAAACAAAUUGCAAUUAUUAGAGUUCAAUAAAUUAUUUAAAAGCAAAAGUAAAUUUAAACAAAUGUAAAUGAAACAAUGACUUUUAAUUUGAAUUUAUUUUGAUUUCCAAUAGAAAUAGGGGUUGUCUCUAUUGCCUGUGGGCGCCUUUAACCUGAACUAAUAUUGCACGAAUAUACCGAUAUCCUCACCCUUAAUCACUUUACAGUUCUCAACAAAAAAAUGAACUAACUAUAUUAUGAAUAAUUUCUGUCUUACUAUAUUUACUAGGUUGAUUAAAUAUUUAAAUCAAGGCCAGAAAUCGUGUUCUAUCGAUGACAGUGAAAACAGAAAACCUGACAACAAUGAGAUUUCCACAAUCGAACGUCUAUAAUAUUAAUGGGCUUGGUGCGGUUAUAUCAUUUGAAUUAUUUCAAUGCAUCCAAAAAAAAUAAAAAUUGUAAAUACACCAUUGGCUCCUAAUACCUAACUAUUUAUACAUAUUAUAUUACUAUAUUGUAAAAGCUAUAAUCCAGAGAUGGGUUUUCUGGGGCCCUAGAUAAUGCUUUAAUAUAACUAAUAAUUAUAAAUGUAUAAUAAUUUACCGCAGGCCGCCGAAAUCAAAACAGACACGGGACCCAGUCACCCUGAACAUGUGUCCCAUUUGCCUUACUCCAGCACCGGUACUACUAUAAUCUGUUUUCUUUAUUAGUAUAUUAUAUUUAUAUACCUACUUAAAAACCUGUAUAAAUUAUGUGAC